UGGGGUCACUUCCUGCUCCGUCCCAGUCACCCUGAACUGGUCCCCGGGUCCUCAGCCUGGAAUCACCCCUGGAGAAGGACCCUGGCGUUCUCGGCAUCCAGCCCGUCCCCCGAGGCAGGGCGCUGAAGGGGUUAAGUCCCCUGGGGCUGGCCUCUGUCUUCCGGCUUUUCCCAGACCCCACAGCCAGUCCCUGGAACCUUCGCAGUCGGGAGCUCUGGGAUGGAGCCUGAGACAGUGCUGUGGGGCCCAGAUCUGCAGGGUCCUGAAGAGAUCCGGAACAAUGCUCACCGAGGUGCUGAAAGUGGGAAUGAAGAGGAGAGCCCUCAGCAGGAAAGUUCUGAGGAGGAGAUCAUCUUGGGAGAUCCAGCUCAGAGUCCAGAAUCCAAGGACCCACCAGAGAUGCCCCUGGAGAGCCCCUCCCAGGAUGCCUCAGCCCCUCAGGAUUCCCCAGCCCCACUGGGUUCUUCCAACCCCUUAGACCACCAGACCCCUAUGGACCCAUCAGCCUCUGAGGUAGUCCCUUCCCCAUCUGAGUGGACCAAGGCCUGUGAGACCAAUUGGCAGUGGGGAACCCUGACCACCUGGAACAGCACCCCAGUAGUCACUGCCAGUGAACCCAGCCUGCGGGAGCUGGUGCAGGGCCGCCCUUCUGGGGCUGAGAAGCCGUACAUCUGUAAUGAGUGUGGCAAGAGCUUUAGUCAGUGGUCCAAACUGCUCCGGCACCAGCGCAUCCACACCGGGGAGCGGCCCAACACAUGCUCCGAGUGUGGCAAGAGCUUCACGCAGAGCUCCCACCUAGUGCAGCACCAGCGCACACACACGGGGGAGAAGCCCUACAAGUGCCCCGACUGUGGCAAGUGCUUCAGCUGGAGCUCCAAUCUGGUUCAGCACCAGCGCACGCACACGGGUGAGAAACCCUACAAGUGCACAGAGUGCGAGAAAGCCUUCACACAAAGCACCAACCUCAUCAAACACCAGCGGUCCCACACUGGCGAGAAACCCUACAAGUGUGGUGAGUGCCGGCGCGCUUUCUACCGCAGCUCGGACCUCAUCCAGCACCAGGCCACACACACAGGUGAAAAGCCCUACAAGUGCCCCGAGUGUGGCAAGCGCUUUGGUCAGAACCACAACCUGCUCAAGCACCAGAAGAUCCACGCAGGGGAGAAGCCAUAUCGCUGCACCGAGUGUGGCAAGAGCUUCAUCCAGAGCUCAGAGCUGACGCAGCACCAGCGCACUCACACUGGGGAGAAGCCCUAUGAGUGCCUGGAGUGUGGCAAGAGCUUUGGCCACAGCUCCACGCUCAUCAAGCACCAGCGGACGCACCUCCGGGAGGACCCCUUCAAGUGCCCCGUCUGUGGCAAGACCUUCACGCUGAGCGCCACGCUGCUGCGCCAUCAGCGCACACACACAGGUGAGCGGCCCUACAAGUGCCCCGAGUGCGGCAAGAGCUUCAGCGUCAGCUCCAACCUCAUCAACCACCAGCGCAUCCACCGUGGGGAGCGGCCGUACAUCUGCGCCGACUGCGGCAAAAGCUUCAUCAUGAGCUCUACGCUCAUCCGCCAUCAGCGGAUCCACACCGGCGAGAAGCCCUAUAAGUGCUCUGACUGUGGCAAGAGCUUCAUCCGAAGCUCGCACCUCAUCCAACACCGCCGCACGCACACGGGCGAGAAGCCCUACAAGUGUCCCGAGUGCGGCAAGAGCUUCAGCCAGAGCUCCAACCUCAUCACGCACGUCCGCACACACAUGGACGAGAACCUCUUCGUGUGCUCGGACUGCGGCAAGGCCUUCCUGGAGGCUCAGGAGCUCGAGCAGCACCGCGUGAUCCAUGAGAGAGGCAAGACACCUGCCCGGAGAGCUCAGAGUGACAGCUUGCUAGGGCUUGGGGAUCCUGCCCUGCUGACCCCGCCACCAGGAGCCAAACCCCACAAGUGUCUGGUCUGUGGGAAGGGCUUCAAUGAUGAGGGCAUCUUCAUGCAGCACCAGCGGGUUCAUAUUGGAGAAAACCCCUACAAAAAUGCAGACGGUCUCAUAGCACACCCCGCCCCCAAGCCUCUGCAGUUCCGCUCCCCCAGGUUCCCCUUUGGAGGCAAUUCACACCCAGGUGCUUCGGAGGGCAGAGCUGACCCCUCAGGACAGUCCUUGAAAGUGCCAGAGGGUCCACUGUCCUCCAAGUGCUAUGUCUGUUCCCACUGUGGAGAAAGCUUCCUAGACAGGGCCGUGCUCCUGCAACAUCAGCUCACCCACGGCAAUGAAAAGCCCUUUCUCUUUCCCGAGUGUAGGACUGGCCUUGGGGAAGGGGCAGAGCCCAGUCUCUUCCUAAGUGGAAAGCCCUUUAAAUGCCCGGAAUGCAAAAAAAGCUUUGGCCUGAGCUCUGAGCUGCUGCAGCACCAGAAAGUCCAUGCGGGUGGCAAGUCCCAGAAGAGCUCGGAGCUGGGGAAGAGCUCCUCAGUGCUGCUGGAGCACCUCAGGAGCCCCUUGGGGGCCAGACCCUACAGCUGUUCUGAUUGUGGGGCCUCCUUCCUCGAUCGACUAGCUCUUACCCGCCACCAGGAAACCCACACUCAAGAAAGGGCCCCCACUUCUGAGGACCCCCCUUCAGAGCCAGCUACCUUGUCCACAAACCAGGAAGAUGAGGGAGAGGCCUCUACCCCCCCAAAGAGCAGCAGCCACAGGGAAGAGGAAAGUCCUAAAACUCUCUCAGAGGAAAAGCCCUAUCUGUGCCCUGAGUGUGGAGACGGCUUCACAGAAGUUGCAGCUCUCCUCCUGCACAGGAGCUGUCACCCAGGUGUCUCCCUGUGAAGUAGGUUUGGAGACCAGGGUCCUCUCUCUCCUGAGAAAUUGUGGGGAAAGGAGGCCGGCCUCAUCAGAUCAUAGAAAAGUGGAGGGUCAAGAACCCUGGGAAGAAAUAGUGCAUUUGCAUCAGCAAAGAGAAGCCUAUGAGAUUGUGGGUGGGAACCACUUAUAAGCCGUAGAGAAAAACUGCUGGAUUAGAAGCCCUAUAAAUAUGUAGGAAACAAAGCCCUUUAAGUCUGUAGCAGAGAAAUCCUAUAAACCAUAGUGGGUAAAAGCCCUAUUAAUUGUAGGAAGAGGUUCUAACACGUCUCUAGACAAACCCAUAAAACUGUAUCAAAAUCCUUAUCAGAAUCCUCGGGUGGGAGAGGUAUAGGGAAUACAGUUGGCACUGACAUGUGAGGUGCCCUGGAUGAUGGAGGAAACACCUGAACUCUUCCUAGUAUUUGUUCUCUCCUGGCAGCCUUGGACAGAGAAAAGUGCUCAGCAGGGAAGUUGUGUGGAAACUCAGUUGAGCUAGAAGAGAAAUGGGGAGGAAAUGACUAGGUGCUUCCAGACACACAGGUGGGACAAGACUUCCAUUGCACUGGGGGAUUUUGGUAAAUCGUAUGUACUAAGGGAAGGAAGACUGAGGGGGUUCCUUAUAAGUAAGAGCCCCCCUAAAAUGACAAGCCAUUUUAAGGGCUGGAGUUUGGGGUGCAUAACAAACCUUAAGUGUAAGAAUAUUGAGAAAAUGUUGAGAAACCACCUCAGCUAUUAGGGGAAAGUUAUGUUUGUUUGAAGGGAAGCAAAGCAUGGUGGAGAAACUGCAGUUGGAAGCUGGCCAGUUUCUCCUCCCCCUGGGAGCUUGUUAAACUUCAAGUGCAAGCAGAUCCCAGUUCAGGCCGCCAGGGUCCUCCUCAGACAGGCAGGACCAGCCUCUCCCCAGCCCAGCUGGAGAUGUCUACUCUGAGAGGCCUCUGGGCUUUCAAGGGGCCUCUGCCACAUUCUCAGGUCUCACAGGUUUUACCUGGAAUCUAACUGCCACAAGUCUUACUGCAGUGGCGUCCCAUUUCCUCGAAUCCUGUCCUCAGUGGAGAGCCACUUGCUGCUAGUCAACUUCCAAAGAAUAAAUUCCUUCAGAGACUCCAGGCUUGUAUGUACUUGUCCUCCCUGGACUUCUCCAAGUUCGUGAGAGCCACUUGUGGGUUCUCUGUGGUGACCAGGGAUGGCAAGACGACACAAUAGACAGCUUUGGUUCACCAGCAACAUGAUUUAAACCUCAGCCUUUUGUGUGAACUCCAUGUAAGGCUGCCUGCAGGAUGAGCCAGGCUGCCCAGGCUGGAUGUCCUGACACGGCACAGACUGGACCAGAGUCCCUGAAGAGACAAUGGAAACUUGACCACCUUCCUCAUCCCCAGUACUUGGAUGCCCCUGAGAUGGGGUGAUCAGAUUUGAUCCUGGCACUGGGAAGGGACAGACUCCACCUGAUUCUUUUGGCGUUUCUCUCCUUAGCCAGAAUCCAGUGGAGGACAUGAAAGGAUGAGAACUGCUCCCCUACCACACCCGUCUCCUCCUCAGACACCACGGGCAAGACACUUCAUUAAUCCAGCCAAACCUGCUCACAUGAGCUCUGUGACGGAGCAGAGACAGUUGUCCUAUAAAGUGGUUGAAGAAAAACUUUGGCAAGAAACAUCUGUAACAAAGACCCUUAAGGAUGGGAAGGACUCUCCCCCAUAUUUGGGUUGCAAAGGGAGUGUCCUUAGCCCAGUGCUGGCGUUAGUGACAUUCUGUCCAGAGUAGGAGGACUAAGACACCAAGUGAUAUGAUCUUUAGGAGUCCUGUGCCCAGAAGAGUGACCUGGAUCCCCACAAAGCUGUGGAAAAGUCCUCUAAUUCCAUUACCCAAAAGUUUAAAAGGUAGAGACCCAUCAUCCUUCAUCUAUCCUGUCCCCAAGUGGAUGACCCUCAAAAUUUAAAGGACCAAAAUUGAGAAUACUGGGAGAAAAAUGCCGGUCCUCCUGGGGAGAGGGAAGAGGCAGGCCUUAUACAGUUACAGAGAGAGCCUUCCUAGAGACCCAAGUACCAGCUGGGGGGGGGGGCACCAUGGAGUCAGGGAGGAGCCUGUCUGGAUAUUGACAGAAAUGCUGGUAAAGGGGGUAUCCCUAUAAAAUGGAGUAGAUACUCUCCUAAGUAUAAGCUGAUUCGUCUCCUUCUAAGGUGGUAGCAGAAACUAGAGAGAGAGGUAUCCUUUGUAAAACUAGGAGCAGAUUCCCUCAGACUCAGGUCUGAAAGUCUGUCAUCAGAAGACUGCUGGGGGGAGGCAGUCAGUGUAACAUGGCUGACUGUAAACUAUUGAGGACUAAGAUGUAGCGUAUGUAGCAGGAUGCUCCCAUGUCCUGGAGACAAGUGAGGGCUAUGGUCUUGACUUCAGUUCUCAGUGGACCAUGUGGAUAGGUGGUGGACUGGCUUUCCUAGUAGGAAAAGGGCAGAGCAGAGACCUCGUGGUGAGACCUGUUCUCUUGACCCACCUCCCUCUCAGACCUAGCUACACCACAGAGGGAAUCUGUUGCAGGACCCAGAGUCCUUGUAACUGGCUCAGGAAAAGGUCCACCAGAGUUAAGUCUGGAAGGCAUAAUGGAGCCAACUCCACACUGGGCCAGGGCCCUUGGAAGUGCCCCAGCAACAUGGGCAAAGGGGUACAAGCAUCAGAGAGGGUGGGGCUGCUGUACCCCAAGGGGAAAUGUAGGGCUGUUGAGUAUGGAGGUCAGAUGGAGCUCAUAAAGGAACCAUGAAUCGGGGAGAGGACUUGAGACCAUUAUGACCCCCCCAGUCCGGGGAGUGGCUCCCAGAAUCCUUUUCCCUCACAGAGGAAGCCCCGCUCACUUGACUUCUCCCUGUGGAGGGAAGGGAAGUCCUGUUUUUGAGUGUCGUGUGUCAGUAACAGUGGUGUGUCCCCAGUGUCAUGUUGAGUAGUUGAAGAAUAAAGGGAGUCAGAUUUCC